AUGACUUCGCCGGAGAAGCGAUGCCUCUACGAAGUCCUUGGUCUCCAACGCGAUUGCACCGCCGAUGAAAUCCGCUCGGCGUACAGAAAGCUCGCUCUCCAACGUCACCCGGACAAGCUAAUCAAGUCCGGCGUCAGCGAAGCUGAAGCCACCGCUUCCUUCCAGGAGCUCGUCAAUGCUUACGAGGUCCUCUCCGAUGUGCGAGAGCGCACAUGGUACGAUUCCCACCGCUCUCAAAUCCUCUUCUCCGGUUCAAACCCUAACAAUUCAUCCUCCGGCUCUGCUGUCGUCCCCGAUCUCUUAUCCUUCUUCUCAAAUUCCGUUUACUCUGGAUUUUCAGAUAAAGGUAAGGGUUUCUAUAAGGUUUACGCCGAUGUGUUCGAUAAAAUCUAUCGAAACGAACUGAAAUUCGCGAAGACGUUAGGGUUAGGAGAUGUUGUUAAAGAGGCGCCACUGAUGGGUAAUUUGGAUAGUCCAUAUGCUCAAGUGAAUGCGUUUUACGGAUACUGGUUAGGGUUCGUAACAGUGAUGGAUUUUGUUUGGGAGGAUGAGUAUGAUGCAAAUGCAGGACCGAAUCGGAAGUCUCGGAGGAUGAUGGAGGAUGAGAAUAAGAAGAUCAGGAAGAAGGCUAAGAGAGAGUAUAACGAAACUGUUAGGGGUUUAGCAGAGUUCGUGAAGAAGAGGGAUAAGAGAGUGAUUGAUAUGCAGAUGAAGAGGAAUGAGGAGAUUGAGAAAAAGAAAGAGGAGGAAAGGGCAAGGAAGAAAGAAAUGGAGAGAGUGAAAGCAGAGAGAGCAAGGUUGUAUGAGGAGCCUGAUUGGGCAAAAAUGGAGGAUUCAGAUGAGGUGGUGGUGGAGGAGGAAGAAGAAGAUGAGCGGAAGAAUGAGUUUUACUGUGUGGUGUGUGGGAAGAAGUUUAAAAGUGAUAAACAAUGGAAGAAUCAUGAGCAAUCCAAGAAGCAUAAGGAGAAAGUUGCAGAGUUGAGGGAAGCUUUUGAAGAAGAAGAAGAAGAUGAAGAAGAAGAAGAAGAAGAAGAAGUUACAGAAAACAAAGAUGAUGAUCUGAGAAGUGAAGACAUUGAUGAUGGUGAGGUUCUUGUUGAUGAGGUUGAAGAACUGAAAGAAAAGUUUGAAGAGGUCAUAAUUGAGAAGGAAGAAACAGCUCAUGAUGAAGAAAAAGAUGAUAAUGAUGAUGAUGAUGAUGAUGAAAAUAGUUUAGAAGCAAUGUUAUCUUGGAAUAAGAACAAGAAGAAGCCAAAAAAGAAAGUUUAUGUUGAAGUUGAAGAGGAAGAGGUAGAUUUGAUGGAAUAUAAUAACAAGAAAGGUAGAAGAAAGAGAGGAGGCAAGAAAGAUACAGCUACAAAACCAGAAGAUGAAGAACAACAAAAAAUAGAUAAACCUGAAAUAAGUGGCAAUGCUGAUGUGGACAACAAAUCUGAUGAUGAUGAUGAUGGCUCACAUAGCGAGAAACCAUCAUCAUCAUCAUUAUCAUCUCAACCUUGUGUAGAAAUUGAGAACAAUGGUGAAGAAGCUAAUGAGUCCAAUGUAAAGAUAAAGGUUGCUAAACAAGCUCCUGCCUCAAAGGUUAUCAAUAAAAAAGAGGGGAAUUCAAAAGGAAAAAACUCUACUAGAGGCAAAAAACAAAAGGCAACAACAAGAAAUUCUGGGCAUGAAUGUGAUACUUGUGGAGUUAAUUUUGAUUCAAGGACCAAAUUACAUAAACAUUUGAGUGAUGAGGGCCAUGCUGCUAUUAAAUCAAGAUGA